UCAUAACAUGAGGGUAUGUGUGAAGUGUGAUAUUCACAUGUAGCUAGUUACCCUAGCAUUCAGCUUUCAUGUAAGUUAUAGCUGGAUAAAGGAAGUAUUCGUUGUGCUACAUAACUGAGUGAAGAAAAGUAGUCGAAAGAACAGUUUAAAAUGCCUGCCAGAAAUACAGUGACGAGUGGGCUGCCCAACAGCAAAGUGAGAUACUCCAAGCUUGCAAGUGAUGAUGAUGGAUAUAUUGACCUCCAGUUCAAGAAGAGUCCACCCAAGGUCCCAUAUAAGGCGAUUGCUUUGGCCUCUGUUCUAUUUCUGAUUGGCACAAUUUUGAUCAUCAUAGGAUCUCUUCUCUUAGCAGGAUAUUUUGAAAUUAAUGAUCACCGUGACCGCACUAUACCGGUCCUUAUCAUUGGGAUCCUUGUUUUCCUUCCUGGAUUCUACCAUUUACGCAUAGCCUACUAUGCCUCUAAGGGCUACCGAGGAUACUCCUACGAUGACAUCCCAGACUUUGAUGAUUGAGUAACAUGGAACGUCGUGACAGCUCGCUGACGUUUCUGAUAGAUCUCUGAAGAAGAGCAUUCUUUCAUGUGCAGACAGACAAAGCUGCGGUUUUGACAAGCUCCCAUUUAGAAGUGCACUACUGGAGAAAUGAUGAUGGUACUUGUUAGCGCUGAAUAUGCUUCUAAAAAAGCUGAUAAUUUGAGCAUAAAGUAUCCAGCAUGUGCAUUUUCAUUCCAUACCUCAGUAAUGGGAAAAAUGCUUUUGUGAGACUACAUUGCCAUGUUUCCUUUAAACCAGAUUUGGUUCUGAUUAGAACUGAGACAGCAUUUGGAAGCAUUUGCAGUAUCUGUUUUUAUUUAACAUUGCUUAGAAUUGGAUUGGGGCUGCAGUAGAAGUGGUUUUCAGGAGGGGAAAAGCUUGUUAUCUGUGUCACUUUUGAUAAUGUUCUGUAGAGCUUAAUCUACACACUGCCUUGAUCUUCCACUGCAGUAGAUGGGCAUUUAGUAUCACAUUCCAUGAUUUGUAUCAUUUCAGAGCUAUAACAGCGCACCUUACCAUUCUAUUGUAUUAUUUAUUUGUAUUAAUUAGUACUUCCACUUUAGUGUUAUGAUGUUUCCUGUCCAUUCUAUUGCACUGUAAAUGCUGUAAAAUUUAGAGAUGUGUCCAAUCUUUUCUUUAAAGGGCCGGUGUGACUGCAGAUUUUCAUUCUAAACACCCAGCAGCACACCUGUUUUCACUUGUUUAAUUAAUUGGUCAUUCUUUAAACAACUGAUCACGUGUUUCAGUGUGACUGAAGGAAAAGCCACUCAAGCCCUUUGCAGAUAUGAUUGAACGACCCUGAUCUACAGCAUCAAACAUCAAUUCUUUUACAUUUCUGUAACUAAAAAUUAAAUAAAGGAUUUAAAUCUUUUUAAAAGAA